AUGAACACACUCUUGACCCUAGCGUUGGCAGCUGCUGCCGUUGCUGCUCCUACUAGCAGGUCUUACCCCACUGGCAAGGUUGGCCAUACCAGCAAGAAUGAUAGCUACCUUGUCUCACUCGGUCCCCGCCCAUACUAUAUCAUCAACAACAUGACUGAUGGGCCGUUGAAAGAGAAGCUUCAAUCCUGCGAAAACAAGCCUGUCUCGAUCAAUCAAUUUUCGAUCGGUCACCGUGGCGGAGGUACUCUUCAAUUCCCUGAAGAGACCCGACAAUCCGAAGAUGCAGGUGCUCGCAUGGGUGCUGGCAUCCUUGAAUGCGAUGUCUCCUUCACAGGCGACCGUGGGCUUGUCUGCCGUCACUCGCUUUGCGACUUGCACACAACAACCGAUAUCCUUACACGCCCUGAUCUGGCAAAGAAAUGCACCGUUCCAUUCACCCCAGCGAACGCAACAUCGCCUGCCAACGCUCUCUGCUGCACCUCUGAUAUCACAACCGCCGAGUACAGCAGUCUUUGCGGCAAGCAAGACGGCUUCAACGCUUCUGCUCUUACACCUCAGGAUUACCAGCACGGCACCCCUACCUGGCGUACAGAGCUCUACGACACUUGCGGCAAAGUCUUGACGCUGAACGAAUACAUCGACCUCGUCAACGACUACCCCGGUUACCGCAACUUCACGCCCGAGCUCAAAACUCCGCCCGCAGAGGUACCCAUGCCGUUCAAGGGCUACACACAGCAACAGUACGCACAGGACAUGGUCGACGCCUUCCGCAACAAAUCCAUCGACUACAGCCGCAUCUGGCCACAAUCCUUCACCUACGACGACAUCGUCUUCUGGCUCAAGUACGACCACGACUUCGGCAAGCAAGCCAUCUACCUCGUAGAAUACGACACGCCCACAGACAUCGCAGCCGGCAUCGCCAACUUAACCAUCGCCAAAGCCGCAGGCGUCAACAUCAUCGGCCCUGCGCUCCCCAUGCUUGUCACCGUCGGCGGGCCCCAGAACAACUCCAUCGUACCGUCUGCGUACGCCCACGCCGUCAAGGCAGCGGGUCUGGACAUGAUUGCAUGGACGUUCGAGCGCUCCGGUCCUCUCGCGACAGUGAAGAGCCGCGGCGAGUACUAUUUCGAGUCGAUAGCGAACGUCACGCACUACGAUGGGCAGUACUACGAGUUGCUGGACGUGCUCGUCCAUGACAUUGGUAUCAAGGGCCUGUUUAGCGAUUGGUCCGCUACGGUUACAUAUUUUGCGAAUUGCUUUGGGCUCAAGGGGCCUGUGGGCGGGAGCUACAACUAG